ACACAAGAGACUGAAGAUUUAAAGGAGAAUCCUUAAGAAGUUUGCUCUCAUGUAUUUAUACGAUAACGAGGUUUUACGUUUGUUCGCCAAGCAUUAAUAUCGUGCUGGUUGGGUUACUAAAAAUCGGCCAGGUUAUAUUUUAGAGGGGUUGGGGCGGGGGUUAACAUGUCGAUCCAGUACGAGGCACCGCUGGCGGACAGCUACGGGGUGGCGGACUCGUUUCCCAAAGAUUUCGGAUAUGGAGAAGAAGAAGGAGACAUUGAGGACAGUCCCACUCCCUCCGACAGCAAACCGAGAAUCCUGCUGAUGGGAUUGAGGAGGAGCGGAAAGUCCUCUAUCCAGAAGGUGGUGUUUCAUAAGAUGUCCCCCAAUGAGACCCUGUUUCUGGAGAGCACCAACAAGAUCUAUAAAGAUGACAUCUCCAGCAGCUCCUUUGUCAACUUCCAGAUCUGGGACUUCCCUGGACAAGUGGACUUUUUUGAUCCAACCUUUGACUACGAGAUGAUUUUCAGAGGAACUGGGGCCUUGAUAUUUGUCAUCGAUGCACAGGAUGACUAUGUGGAGGCCCUUGGUCGACUCCACCUAACAGUAUCACGCGCCUACAGGGUCAACCCAGAGAUCAACUUUGAAGUGUUCAUCCAUAAAGUAGACGGCUUGUCUGAUGACCAUAAGAUUGAGACCCAGCGGGAUAUACACCAGAGGGCUAACGAUGACCUGGCAGAUGCCAGUUUAGAGAAACUACAUCUCAGUUUCUAUUUGACUAGUAUAUAUGAUCACUCCAUCUUUGAGGCCUUCAGUAAAGUUGUCCAGAAGCUCAUCCCUCAGCUUCCCACGCUGGAGAACCUUCUCAACAUCUUUAUAUCUAAUUCAGGGAUUGAGAAGGCCUUCCUGUUUGACGUCGUCAGUAAGAUUUACAUCGCCACCGACAGUUCACCAGUGGACAUGCAGUCCUAUGAGCUCUGCUGUGACAUGAUCGAUGUGGUCAUCGACGUCUCCUGUAUUUACGGAUUAAAGGAGGAUGGCACUGGCAGUGCAUAUGAUAAGGAGUCUAUGGCCAUCAUCAAACUCAACAACACCACAGUGCUCUACCUGAAAGAGGUCACCAAGUUCCUCGCCCUGGUCUGCAUCCUGAGAGAAGAGAGCUUUGAGCGCAAAGGAUUAAUAGACUACAAUUUCCACUGUUUCCGGAAAGCCAUUCAUGAGGUGUUCGAGGUGGGCGUUUCCACCUCAAGGACAAGCACUCAGCCAGCUGGCACCCCUCUCAUGAAGACUGUUGCCUUAAACGGAACCCCCAGGAGCACUGUGUAGAAAGAUAGCGAUAAAGACAAUGAUGAAAAGUGUGGAGACGAAGGAAAAUGUAACAAAAGAGAGAGACUACAAGAUGGGUCGCAUUCUUUAUGCCGACCAUCAUUACUGCUCCCAAACGCUUUACAAGCAAAAGAGUUUGAAAGUCAUUAAAAUAAACUUGCUGCAGUGGGUGGGACAGAAAAAUAUAACGUGGGCAAGCUUGCAAAGCUACAGAUGGAUGGAAGGGAAAAGGCACAAAAGAAGGUGGAACACUUUUUUUUGUGACUAAAAGGCAUUAACAAACUGUUCCUCAAAAAAACAAGUAACAAUGUGCAAGUCACUGAGGAAAAAAACAAAAGUACAGCAAGAAACCUCUCACCCUGUCAGGCCAAACCGCCUGACAACUUGGAUGAAUGCUGUAUGAUACUCUGCUGGUCACUUAACACAGUAGCCAAGUUUAAACGCAUACCUGGUUUACUCCUCAACACGUGAAUGUGGCAGACUUCUGUGAACAUUUGUGGUGCACAAAAUUUGAGCGUACACUUCUGAAGCCUUACAUAGAGGAGGCCUGUCUGAUGCAAGCCGUUGCCACACAUGCAUACUCGGUCACCUAAACAGCCCAUGUAUUGUGUAUGAAAGGUUAGUAAAGGGAUUGAAAUG